GAUAGCUGGGAAACCGAAACACUUCAAAACUGGAUUUGUAACUGUAACCAGGUCAAGCGAUCAUAUGGCAUUAUUUUUUUAACGUGAAAUAAACAUUAUUAUAAUUAAAAAUCUUUAAAAAAUGUGCCGACUUUUCGGAAGUUUCUGUGAUUAAGUAAUUUAUCUUAUCUAAUGUAUAAGUUUUCAAAUGGUGAUGGCUGAAGCUGGUUCUUCUCAGUUAUCAGGGGCGUCGCGAAGUAUUUAUUAUUCGCUGACGGAUGAAGUGCCUGGUUUGACAGAAGAUGAAAAGAAUAAACUUGAAACCGUUAUGAAAAAAGCUUUGGAAUUCGAAGCAGAAGAGGCUAAUAAAAUGAGAUUACCUCUAGAAGGGCAGUUAUACAAAUACACAAAUGUGAUGAAAGGAUGGCAGUAUCGUUGGUUUAUAAUAACACCUGAUACUGGAAUGCUGGAGUAUUAUAUGUUAGAUGAGAGGAAAAAAAGCCGACCAAGAGGAGCCUUAUACCUUGCUGGUGCUGUUGUCAUUCCAAGUGAAGAUGAUAAUCAAUCUUUUUCUGUCAGUGGUGAAACUGGAGAAGUGUAUAGAUUGAAAGCUAGUGAUGCAAAAGAGAGACAAAUUUGGGUUGAUAAAAUUAGGUCUGUGAUUGAAAAGCAUCGUAAAGAUUCUUCAGAGGAAUCUAGAGGUGACCAUCCAGGUGGCUCGCAAAGUUCUUUUGCAUUUUGCAAAAGUGCCUCCUCUAAUAUAGCAGAAGAUUUGAAACAAGCUGAAUCAAUGAGCUCAGAGAAACUAAAUGAACUAGGGUCCGAAAAUAAAUCAAAAGCUAAUUUAAAUGAAAAGCCCAACGAAGUCCAAAAAGAUCCUAUAGAUGAAAUUAAAGAAUCUGUUUACAAAGCACUAGAGUGCCAAAAAGCUUUAGCUAAGUCAAUAGAAGAAUUGCCAUGUACUGGACCUCAUAUAAAAUGUUCUGAUACUAAUUUAUUAUUGAUAAAAGCAAUAUCUCAGGCUUCAAUCCAAGGACUUGAGCAGUGCUAUUUAAUACUGCGACGAUGCCGCCAAAGAGAAGCCUUAAAAUCUUCUCCAUUGCCCACAGGACCAUCCAUUGGUUCACUUGAUAAAUUUGUAGGAUCUGAUGUGAGGAGAGAUUAUAAGAAAACAGAGAAUUUGAAAAAUGUUUGACAAGUGCAUGGGUUCAAUAAUAUUAAAUGUUCUUGUAAGCCAUCCGUGUUAUCACUUUUAAAUGUUUCAGCCAAACAACAUAAAAAUAUGGUUAUAUUUUGAGAAUUCAUUUCUGUUUUUAUCAUGUUUGAAUACACGAUUUUUGUACUUUGGGCUGCAUAAUACUUUUCCGGGUAUUUCUAUUUUUUGAAAUGUGCUAUAUGAAUGGAUGCUUUUUCUUUCAUUUUAUCUCACUGUUAAUAAUAGUCAUAUAAUGUAAAUUUAUUGAUAGAAUAUGAAUUUAUGUUGAAAGAUUUGUGGCAUAAAAUAAUUAUGUGAAAUGUUUUUUAAAAAAAUAAUUUAUGCUGAAUCUACUUCUUAUAUAAUUUUUUUUUUUUCUUUCCAUCAAAGAGCUUUAGUGAGUGAUGCAGGUUUUGUGUAAGAUAACAUGUAAGAAUGGGAUGUAUAAUUCUCUUUUUUUAUUUUGAAUGGCUAUAAAUUUCUAUUUAGUUUCUGUUGGUACCAUAUAGCAACAAAUUAGUCAUAUUUUCCAUGUGUAAAUACCAUUAUGUUUAGCAGCUUUAAUAACCUUGAAAUUAUUUUAAAUUGUACAUUUUAUGUAAUUAGAGUUUAAAUUAUAAGUGAAAAUGUGAAACAUAUUUUGAAUUAUUUUAUUUCUAAUAUAAAUUAUAUAAAAAUUUAUCUAUAUUUUUGUUGCCAAUUCUAAACAGUUGUGCCAAAGUUAAAGUGAGUAUAAUUCAAAGAUACAAUAAGACAGAUUUUAUGAACUGUGCAUAAAGUAUGUCAUCUGUUAUUUGUCAAGUUAGAAAAUUUAAAAUUAUAUGAUGUUUUAUGUAGUGAGAGAAGUUAUAUAUUUUGGUACAUUCUAUGGACACUUAAACCUUUAUGGUAGUUAUUUAUUUUUAUUAGACUUUCAAUUUUAAUUUUUAUACAUAGUAUUCUUAGCAAUUCAUAAUAUUUUGAUAUUAUUUUUGAGAUUUGAUCAUGUUUUUAAAUACUUUAAAUUAAAAGUCAUCUUAAGAAGGGUGCUUUUUUGAAAUUCCUUUCCUUAUAUUUUCUUAGCUUGGAACGUAAAGUAAGGAAAACAUAUAAUCAAUUUUCAUUCCUCACACAAAGAUUAUAAUUUACUCAUUUUUAAUUGUACAAAUGAUAAGCUCUCAAUGGUAAUUUUUUAAUGUUUGUCAGAGAUAGUUUAGCAUUUUUUAUUUAAUUUAUGACUAUAUUUGUUAGAUAAAGUGAUAUUUUAAUUGUGUUUAAUACACAUCUUAUACAAUUUGACUAUGUCAAUCUUCCAUGCAUUGUUAUCAUACUAUGAUUUGAUUAUAUCACAGAUCAUUUCCUUAUGCCAGACCUUCUUAAACUGUAGGUAUCAACUCCAAAUGUUGUCUUGAAAACACUCAUAGUACAAACUUCUACCAGAUUCUUCAAUAAAAAGCCACUUGUUGGUUUGUAAAAUUUGAGUCAAAUUUUAUUAAUAAAUAUAUUUAAUUCAA